CGCAAAAAUGGCUAUCAGAGGGGCCCGACUCGCUAUUCGGAUAGUCCCGGAAAAACAAGAGUUGGUCACGAAUGAUGACCUACGAGCUGCAUACAGGUACGGAUUAUCUGUCCCGUGUACAUUAAGUCCCGAGCCUUGCUGUGAUAUUGCUUGAAUUAUGCUAAUACAGGCUUAAAACACAACUCACUCACUUCAAAAUCGUCUUCACCAGAUUCCUUUUUAUUACAGACUCUCCUACGAUGGAUCUGAGAUGCCUCCUUUUGUGUCUAGCACAGAUCAUGUUCCGCAGCCAUAUAAAGGCUGAGGUCAUCGAUCUUUGUAACCUUUCAGCCUGUGACUGUACGGACACAGAAGGCCGUGUAACGGCGGAUUGCCGCAAUGGUGCAUUAACUGAAAUACCAAAGAACCCCUUCAACAACACCCGCAUCUGUGGUCUGAAUCUCGGCACAAACGACAUAUCUGCACUCAAAGGAUAUGACUUUCUGUGGUACACGAAUUUGACAUUCCUUGAUCUGUCCUUUAACUUGAUUUCUGAUAUUGAAAAUAAUACCUUUGUUGGUCUGGACCAACUUCUCUAUUUGGAUCUGGCUGGCAAUAAGGUGUCAUCAUUUCCCAUUCCGGAUGUACUGGCCCCUUUAACAUCCUUACAGAUGCUGAAUAUCAGUGUAACAGAAGGUUUCAUCGUUCGAAACACCAUCGACUUUAACACGUCGUCUUCUGGACAGGUGGGUGUGAACGGAACAUACAGUGAGGGGAUGCACGUGAAAUAUCUGUCUUUCUCUGGUUCACACAUUAAACACCUUUCAGGGGAGACAUUCCACUUCUUCCCAUGGUUAGAAUCUCUAAACAUGUCAUUUUGCAAAAUGGAAACCGUUGAACCUGGCGCACUGUCUUCACUUAUAUACCUCCGCACUCUGGAUUUAUCGGGAAACCGGGAUUUAGGGUUUCUUGGUGUGCAGAACAUUACGACGGGACUGGGUAAUUCCAAACUCAGAAACUUAAUAAUUAACCAAAUCGUCAAAGAGAACAGUAUCUGCGUAAUUGUACCAAAGACUCUUGCGGCCAAUCUACAGAACACCUCCUUAUACAUGUUGGAAGCUAACAAUAACUGCAUCGAGAUAUUUCACGAGGAUGUUUUCAAUCUGUUACCCAAGACGCUGGAGAAGGUUACUAUCCAGAGUACCCGCUUCACAUAUGGGAAUUACGUACAUAAUCUUCAGAACCUUUCGGGUUUAAGAUAUCUGGAUCUGAGUGAACAUCCGAUACAGGGUAAACUACCUGUUGAGCAUAAUGCAUUCUUUGAGUGGAGCUCCAUCUGUGAUGAUAACCAGUGUCUUAUAUAUGAAUACAUCGAUAUUGAUAACCAAGAUGGCUCAAAUGAAUUCUUGCCUCCCAAGGAGAGGGAUAUAAAUGCAUGUUUGGGAAUUCCACCAAAUCUUACAACGUUUAAAUUAAGCAAUCACAGAUUAUCGUUUGAAUUAUCGAAAAUGUGUUUUAAGGAUAACAGACUAAGAUAUAUUGAUUUAUCUAAUAAUGCAUUUACACGUUGGACUGGUCCAGUAUUUGGCUUGGAAAAUGUCACCAAUUUAAAUCUCUCAGGCAACUCUGCCAAUCACAUAUCGCCACACUUUUUCAGCCAUUUUACAUCUCUUACACAUCUAGACCUGUCGCACAACUCAUUUGGUUUUCCGAACAAUCAUUGUAAAGAUAGGCGCUACUUUCGCAAUCAACGCAAAUUAGAAUAUUUGAAUAUGUCUUUCAAUGGUAUUUUCCUCUUGCAUCGAGAUUUCCUUUUCGGUUUAAGAUCUCUUAGAAUUCUAGAUUUGUCCUACAAUUCUAUUUUCAACCUUUCUUUUAAUUUUGAACAUAAUACUCAUCUAAUACAUAUUAACUGUGCAUACAACAAUAUAAAAACGAUAACGCCGUUUGGCAGGUCUCAAAUGAAAUUGUUACCAGAUUUGAGACUAGAUCUAUCUUACAAUCCCUUACACUGCACUUGUGAGAAUAUUGACUUCUUAGAUUGGUUAUUGAGUGCCCACAUUGCAAGUAACCUACAGAGCUAUUAUUGUGUGAACAAAGAAAGAAACACGUUGCCAUUGAAAGGCAAUGCUGAAACAAUCCUGACGGGCCUUAAAGUCGCAUGCUACAAUGUCUUAGGAAUAACCCUGGGGGUUCUCACAACACUUCUACUCAUACUUUUCUUUGUGUCAUCAUUGCUUUGUUACCGGUGUCGAUGGAAAAUUAUAUAUUGGUUUUAUGUUAUCAAACUGAAACUAAGAAAUAACAGAAACGAAUACAUCUGUCUGUUUGACUUUGACGUCUACGUAUCCUACGCCGACCAUGACCUUGGCUUUGUCCGUAAUGACAUGAUACAGAUACUUGAGCACCUUCGUGGAACUCGCCUGUAUAUCCGUGAUCGAGACUCCAUUCCGGGAGCCCCCAUAUCUGAGAACAUCAUCGACGGGAUUAGAAGAAGCAGAAAAACUGUGUUGUUGUUGUCUCGGGCGUUCCUGAAGAAGAAGUGGUGUAGGUAUGAGUUACACAUGGCCAACAUGGAGAGUGUGUCUACUGGCCGAUCUGUGAUGGUCAUCAUCAUGCUUGAGGAUAUUCCUAAUAAGGACAUUCCACUUGAGAUUCUGUAUGACAUUCAAAAUAGUCGCUUUCUUGACUACCCUAAAACAAGCAAUGGAUUAGAACUGUUUUGGGCAAAUGUAACUGCUGCUAUAGAAGGAUAGGCAUACAAGUUGGUGAAAACAAGGUGAUUAUUUUAUUGAUGUAAACAUCG